UAAUUGUGUAAUUUAUUUUAAUAGUAAAGAAUUAAACAAAAAUGAUAGAAAGCAUACAGAUUAUUAGCAAAUCUUUAUUAUUUAAAAUCAUUAAUUACUAUAUAUAUAAUAAUUAUAUUAGUUAAUUUCGUAGGUUUUAUUUAAAGAAAUAAUAUAUAAUAAAUAAUCAUCUUGUUUUAGUUAAUAUAAAAUGAUAUCAUACAGUAAUGUAGAAUAAUGUGGGCCUUAUUAUUGCCUCCUUUUAGUUUAACCCAAAAAGAUUUAGCGGAACAACAGCUGAGUAAGUAAAAACCUCGAAACCCUAGUCAUCACUUUCGCCAGAGUCCAUCUCCAAUGGCGAUGGAAACAAAAACACACCUCUUGGAGGUAUUGCAAACAGAGAUUCUAGCGAGAUUACCCUUGAGAACCAUCUGCAGAUUCAAAUCAGUUUGCAAGACAUGGAAAUCAACAAUAGAAUCUGUGUAUUUCCGCCGUCUCUUUUUAUCUCUGCACGGAGACUCCUCCUCUUCCUCGUGGUCGCUCAUGUGCGGACAAGACGAACUAAUAUUUUUCCAUGGACGCAAAACAUGGGAUUAUCUUCCAAAGUCUCCAGCUCCACUCAUCCCACCGUCUUUCAAACGCUUUUAUGUCGGUGAUUGCAACUACGCUGAUUCCUCCGGUGGAUUGGUUUUGACCACAGACGGCUCUGAUAAAGCUUACUGCUACGUGGGGAGUCCGGUUUUACAGCAAUGGAUCAAAAUCCCCCCACCUCCCUCUGAUCCCAAAGGUGAUUCUUCCGUGUUUGGUUUAGUGACUCGCUUGGACGAGGACGGUGUCGUUUUGAGCUUUAAAGUGAUUAGGAUAGCUUCUUACCAAGUUACAAAUGAUUAUCUCUCGAGUGACUUGAGUGUGUUACUGUAUUCCUCUGAGACAGGGGUCUGGACUUUUAAAGUGAUCCACUCUCCUAUUCAAAUCGGCAACAUGUAUAAUAUCAACCUCAACGGUACAAUCUACUUUGGUUGUCUCUCUGUGCCUGGAGUACUCUUAGCUCAUGAUUUCUAUUCUGAAUCCGAUCAAUUCCGGGUUGUGCAGUUACCGGACUAUCCGGAUCACAACAAGGAUUACAAACGAACCUUGACUACCUCAGGAGGCUUUGUCAUGUAUGUCAGAACAUUAGCGAAAAAGGAAGAUACUGUUUUGAAGAUCUGGAGGUUGAUGAACAAUGAUGACUACUCUUGGCAACUUUUGUGGGAAGUCGGCUUUCCGAUUACAGGUAACUAUGCACCCGUGGCAAUGCAUCCAUUUGAUGUCGCUACUGUCUAUCUAUGGAGUCAACGGGAUGAUCAUUUGGUAUCGUGUAACUUGCGGAAACAGGACUACACAGUCCUGGGGGAUGCAGCUAAUGAUUGUUUCAUUGACAAGUCUGUUUGUAAGAAGAGUGUGGAUGAGUUAUGGCGUCCAAGAUCAUCAUCAGGCGAAGAUGAAGACUUGAACUUUCAGGUUUGUAUCUGGUUGUUCCAGUUCGUGAUCCCGCGGUGGAUGGAAUCAGUGCCUCGUCCUCCCCAUGCUGAGAUGAUAGAUACAACUUCGCUGCUUUCUCACGCUACUGCAACACAUGAGAGAAUGGUGAGGGAACAUGAGACAAUGAUGAGGGAACGUGCGGCAAUAAUGGGGGAUGAAAGCAAUGACGAGUACUUUUGGAUGGGGUGAUAUCAGUAUGUUUCUUUGAUUUGUCUUUUCUGAAUCUGAUAGAACACUUUCAAUUAUUUUAAUCCUACAAACUAUUUUUGGACAAAGGUGUUUAGUAGCCACAAUAGUAUCAUCAAAAUACAUUAUUGUCGUAAUAUUAUCAAAAGAAGUAUUUGAAUUCAAAACAUGUUUUUCGUUA